ACAUUUGGAGUCAGGACUUUGGGUAGAGUGCAAGGUGGACAAGGUUUUUUCUUGAAUGGAAGAGAGGGCAUUUGGUCGGAGGGAGGUCAGGUUGCUUGGGUGGAGCAAGUCUCUCUUCGUUUGGUCUGCAUGUUGCCGUCUCUUUAGCCCCCACCUCACCACCUGCCACAACAGUUUCACGUGCCUGACUUUAUAUCGGACUGCCCUCACGAGAUAGUGCAUCUCCUGGGCACAUCGGCGUUCCUCUGGUUCGGAAGUGAAGAAAAUUUAGAUAAAUGGGUCCUGUUGCGAUCUUUUGUGCCAGUAUUCUACUAGCUCUGUCGAUGCCUUCUUCUACGAGCGCACAAACUCCACCAGCUCCAUUCUUACCUCCAUCUCCAUCACCUGCCCCACGUUUUGUGAACCUCACUGAUCUACUCUCGGUUGCUGGCCCUUUCGACACAUUCCUCGACUAUCUCCUGCAAACCCAAGUCAUCGACACGUUUCAGAACCAAGUUAACAACACCAAACAAGGCAUCACUGUCUUUGUACCGAAAGAUUCGGCUUUUGCAUCACUUAAAAAGUCUGACCUUGGCAAUCUUACUCGAGACCAACUCAAGACCCUCUUCCUCUACCAUGCUUUCCCCAAGUACUACUCGCUAUCUGAUUUCAAAAACCUGAGCAAUUCGAACCCUGUCAGCACGUUCGCCGGUGGGCAGUAUACUCUGAAUGUCACCGAUGCAUCUGGGCUUAUUCGCAUUGUUUCGAAUUGGGCAAACCCGAAGAUAACCAGCAGCGUCUACUCCACAGCUCCCGUGGCAGUUUAUGAGAUCGAUCGUGUUUUACUUCCAUCGGCAAUCUUCAGCACCGAACCAGCUCUAGCACCAGCUCCUGAGACCAAAACACCGUCAGACCUGGCUCCAGCCCAAAGCGGAAUUGCUUCUGCGCCCAAAUCUGCAGAGUCAUCGACCGGUGAUGCUACUUCAUACACCACCGCGUUUCGUCUCAUGGAUUGCAUGGUCUUGAUUCUUUCUGCUACUCUGAUGCUUAUCAUGUGAGGCGAUUUGCUCUCGAGGAAGGAAGUACUUCGAUGUACGACGCUCAGCACAUUCACAGCCUUGGCUUUCUUUUGGUUCGUUUGUGAUCAUUCUUUGAGUGGAGCAGAUAUUAUGUUUAGAUGGAGUUUGAGAAAUGCAUCGUGCUGAGUUUUUUUUUUGGUUAUUUCAUUUAGUGGUAUGGAGGAUAUUGUGAUGCUUUACUUCAUUUUCUGAGAUGAUAUGUUUUGAGCUUUGCCUGCACAUAAAUAUAAAGCCACAAGUUUUAUUCCUC